AUGGCCGGGGGCCGGGCCGGGGCCUUUUCCGGGGGCACGGAGAUGAGAACCCCUCGAGAGGCGGGAAAAGGUCCGCCCGGGGGUCGCUCCACGGAGGGGAUGCGGUUCCCUCGACGGCGGCGGAGGACGGCGGGGCCGCGCAGCCCGGCGACACCCAAGGGCGGCCCGCCGGUGACCUUGCGAACGCCGGGCCCCCCGCGCGGCCGCGGCCCCGGCAGGGUGAGCCCUGGCACCGUGAGAAAGCAGAAAACGCCGCGCAGCCCGAGCAAGCGGCCCCGAGCAGAUGGACGAACCGCCGGACGGAGAGCGCGGCAGGCCCAGCGCUCGCUACCGCCCACGAAGCCCCGCGGCCCGGCCGGCCGGCUCCGCAGCACCGAGCACGCCAAGACGGUCCGCGCCGCCGCGCCGCCGCACCGGGCCUCCUUCGGCAGCGGCCCCGUAGCUCCGCACCGCCGCCGAGGGCCCGCUCCGGGGGCUGCCGGUGCCGCGCGCCCGUCCGUGCGCUCCCUUCCUCCCUCCCGCCCGCCGCGGGCCCACGCCUACCUGGCCGGCCCGUUCCCCGGGCCCCGCGCGGCACUAGGCCCGGCUGAGCGCCACGGCGUUUCCUGGGCGGCCGGCGGCAGCGAGCCCGCGGCGGCAGCGCCAGCCCCUCCCCCUAGCAGCGGUACGACGGCUGCUCCCCAGGCCGGGCGGAAACGGCACUGCGCGCACGGGGAUCCCCGGCGCCGGCGCCAGGGGCGCCCCGGCCACGCCUACUCGCGUUCCCCGUUGGCUGCCACGGCGCCGCGCCGCGCCCCGCCGGGCCGCCCGCCGCCGAUAUCGCCCCGCCUCCCCUCGCUUCCUAUCGGCGGGCUCUACGCCCGGCCCCUCCCGCGUUCUUUUCUCAUUGGAAGCCGCCCGCCCACCCCGCCGCUCGCCUCACGGACGCGGCGCUCCAUCGGCUCGCCGGGCCGCCAAUCGGCGGGGGAGGGCGGGACGUCGCCAGCGCCGACGCGGUGCGGCCGGGCGGGCCGGGACGGUGCCUGCCGGCCGAGGCGCGCUACGUGCUGA